AUGGAAAAUUUUGAAAAUAUCGAAUACCAAUUAAUGAAUGUAGAACAUGAUGAUCAAAACACUGAAUACCAAUUAAAGGAAGUGAUUGCAGAAUCUUCAACAAAGAACUCUAAAAAGAAAAUAACUUCCAGAAAUUUAGAUGUAGAAAGUAACUGUGACAUCUCCCUAACUUUACCUGAAAUACAAUCAGUAAUGACUGGAUAUACUCCAGAACUUAAAGAUAAUGUUCAAAAGAUUACUUUAUAUAAUAUUCUUUCCAUCUGGGCUCAAUUCAAAAUUCUUCAACAUCUUGAGAAAUGGGAUCACAUAAUUGCUUUCAAGACUAAACAUCAGAAGAAAUAUUUAAUGGUCACCAUUUCAAUUGACUUUAAUAAGUAG